UUUAAUUGACAUUGAGAUAAUGACAUUCUGUUUAAAUUAAAGCAAUGUAACCUUUUACUUUUAAUGUUUUUAGUUUCAAAUUCAUAGAAAUGAUUGUAUAAUAAAAAAGAAAAGACUUCCAAAUAAAGCGAAUAUGUCUGUAAUAUUCCACUGCCAGGGAAGAUUACCGGCUUACAUAUGUGGCUUAAAAAUUUUUUUAGAUCAGUCCUUCUUGGUCUGCCCAUCGGCGUAACUUUUUUGGACACGGUUGGAUAUGUUGCACGGGUCGAAGGUGUAUCAAUGCAGCCGGUACUCAAUCCUGAAUCGAAGAAUACAGAUUACGUGUUCUUAUCCCGUUGGUCAGUAAGAGACUAUAAGGUUCAAAGGGGUGACAUAAUAUCUCUAGUGUCACCAAAGGAUCCGAAUCAAAAAAUUAUUAAACGCGUUGUUGGAUUAGAAGGUGAUAUUAUUAGCACAUUGGGAUACAAAAAUCAAUAUGUUAAGAUACCUGAAGGACAUUGUUGGGUAGAAGGUGAUCAUACAGGCCAUACAUUAGACAGUAACACAUUUGGCCCUGUUUCUUUAGGUCUGAUUAAUGCUAGAGCUCUGUGUAUUAUCUGGCCUCCAGAAAGAUGGCAGCAAUUACAUACAAAACUUCCAGAACAUAGAAAACCCAUAAGUAAGCUCAUAUGAGAUAUGCUUUACCUCUGUAUCUAUGUUGAUGGCAAGAACUAUUUUAUUAUUUUAAAUAUAAUUUAACAAAACAGUGUGGUUGCAAAAACUUAUGUUUGGAUUUAAAACAGUCAAGAACUAUGAAAUAGUAUAUAGUUUUAUAUUAGAAUUUAUUGUGUUGCAUCAGGAUCUGAGGAAAGCUAAUUGAAUAUAGUUAUAGAUUGAACAUUAUUGAAUAGAUAGGCCACUUUAUGUAAUGGAUAUGAUUAUAAAUUCGGAUCUAAAUGUAAAGAAUAAAAGUUGGUAUUGUAAAGUAAUUUAAUUUAACAUAAUUAAAAUUGCUCAAUUUAAAUGUUUUGUAGGGUUAAAAUUUUGUUUGUCAUGCUAUAAAACCCAACAUAUAAUUUACAGUCACGAUUUUACAAAAGUAACAUUAUCAGGUUUCUGUUUAGUCUGAAAAUUGUUGUUUAUUUAUUUCCUGUUAAAUUCUCAUUUAUUAUAACUACAUUUUAUAACAAAAUUGCUGGCUAUGAUAAAGACAUUCAUGAUAAAUAAAACUACAAAUUAACAA